AUGGGCGAGGUUGCGGCAAACCAUGAUGAGGAGUUCUUUAAUGAACCAGAGGUUUAUCGUCCACAUCCGUACACCGAUGCUCCGGAAGUUGUUUGGGACAAUUAUGAGGAAAAAAUUCCACCUUGUUCCUUAGAAGAGACACUCGAUGUGAGAGAAAAUGUUCAACAAGCUCUAAUUACAGAAACUGGAAAUUCUAAUAUUUAUUUGGAACAAAUAGAUUUAGCUUCUUACAAAUCUAUUCGUGAAUUUUUACAAACUUUUGAAUCUAAAUAUCCAAAAUUAGAUGUACUGAUUAAUAAUGCUGCUUACACACCUUCGGUUAACAAAACAGUAACUGUUGAUAAUUUAGAGUCAAAUUUUGCUAUUAAUAUAUUUUCUUAUUAUUUAUUAAUGCAAGGUUUACAUUCAAGUUUAAAAAAAGCGUCACCACAAGCAAGAAUAGUCAAUGUGGCUAGUAAUUUUGCUGGACAUUUAGGUAAGUGCGAACAGAGAGAUAUUUUACGACAACAAAAGUAA